GUUUUUUCGCCCAGUGACACUGCAGCUCUACGUCCGGACAUGUAGAUCUCAUAGCGGCUUGGCCUUUGUUAGCGAGUCGCUGUGAAGAACCAAGAAAGCCAGAGGAGCCGCAUUCAUGCACAUACAGGGAGGAAAAUGAUCAUCUGCACGAAAAACAUGGACUAUCGCCUUGGAACCCAGUGCCAGUUCGUUCAAAAUCAGGUGAUGGUGAACUCUGAGAAAGACCGUGCUUCUCUCUUGUGUAUGAAGGCUCUGGCCAACAGGGGGCGUCUGGACUCGGUGUCUCAGCAGAUGGCCUCUCACCCACAGUACCUGGAGAGUUUCCUGCGCACACAGCACUACAUCCUCUAUAUGGAUGGCCCAUUGCCCCUGCACUACCGCCACUACAUUGCCAUCAUGGCUGCGGCGCGGCAUCACUGUAGGUAUCUGGUGUCUCUGCACUCGGCUCAGUUUCUGCGGGUUGGCGGAGACCCGUUAUGGCUUCAGGGGUUAGAGGCUGCACCCUCGCGUCUACGGCACCUUGAUCACAUCAACAAGGUCCUGGCCCAUCAGCCUUGGCUCACGGCACGCUCGCACAUACAGGCUCUGCUCAAGACGGGGGAGCAGUGUUGGUCUCUGGCUGAGCUCGUACAGGCUGUGGUUCUGCUGGCCCACUGUCACUCCCUCUGCAGUUUCGUUUUCGGUUCUGGUUCUGACUCGGACACCACUUCCACUCCCAGAGUGCAUCACGGCACGCCCCCUGGCUACUGUCUCUGUGACGCUGCCAACGGCAACACUGCUGGACCCACAGAGAAGGCGCCACGGCGAAGGUCCUUAGACUCCAGCUGUGAAGUUGCUUGCAUUCGAGAACAAAUUCAAAUAUCACAGGAGGAGAUCAAGGAAAGAAAAGGAGACCGACUCCAUUCACAGACACUCCUACAUGCAGAUGUGGAGGAGGAGGACGAGGCAAUGUUCUCCGCAGACCCCUCCCGCUUCGUCACAGACCCAGAAUUCGGCUACCAGGAAUUUGCCAGACGGGAGGAGGACCAUUUCCAAGUAUUCCGGGUGCAGGACUAUUCAUGGGAGGAUCACGGCUUCUCGUUGGUGAACAGGCUGUACUCUGAUAUAGGGCACUUGUUAGACGAGCGAUUCCGCACUGUGGCCUCCCUCCCUUUCCCUCACAGCCCCGAUCUCAAACGAGCCAUCUGGAACUACAUUCAUUGUAUCUACGGCAUCAGGUAUGAUGACUACGAUUAUGGGGAAGUCAACCGGUUACUGGAGCGUGGAUUGAAACUUUAUAUUAAAGCUGUGGCCUGCUAUCCCGACUCCAGCAAGACCCCUCUAUGCCCACUGUCCUGGGCCUCUGUCAAAGCUUCAGAAAAGGUUCAUGUAAAUUUGUUAGUGAUGGAGGCACGUCUGCAGGCCGAGUUGCUGUAUGCGCUCCGAGCCAUCACUCAAUACAUGAUCGCAUAGGACACGAGCGUUCAGCGCCACAGAGGGACAUGGUACAGCGAAAGUCAAGGCAAAGAAAUACAAGCAGAGAUCUGUCUCUCCGUCUCUGUAUUUGUUGUCUCUGAGUUUACCAGUGUGAUGUAAGGUACUGCUGUGAAACGUUUCUUUGCCAAAGGUGAAACUCUAGA